UUUUGAACUUGCUCGUCGCUUCAUUUUCUAACCACAUCCUCAUUACAAAGAUCUGAUACAUGUCCAAGAGAAAGUAUAGCUCUCCAGCAAUUUUGAACGCAGAACUCGAAGCUGUCCGCGGGAAGGUCUCCCUUGAAGAGACAGAGGAGUCAUGGGACAAGAUCGAGCAGGGCAUCGUGCAGCUUACCCAUUGUUGUAAUAAUGGUGGAUGCGACUUCGCCACGGAAAUGGUUGCUGGUAUACGCUCGCUUUCUAGACCUAUCAACCACGCUAUGAAUUCGGAGCGUAGUAGGCUGUCAGGUUCCACGAUCGAACUUGUGAAGGCUCUGUUAACCGGUCUGGGCUCCUCAUUUGAGCCCCUCGUCUCGCUGUUUAUGCCGACUCUUCUCGGGCUUUGUGGCCGGACCAACAAGGUGUUCACAAGCCGAGCAAAGGCGUGCAUUCUCGCUGCAAUUGAAAAUACUCAAUCGACUUCGAUUCUGCCGUAUCUCGCAGACUCUUUAACCCAAAAGUCGGUUUCUCUGCGUGUAGUGGCUGCAGAGGGUGUCCUUGCUUGCCUAAACUGCUUCAAUCCUCCUGACAUUGAGAAGGACACGCGUGCUCGACUUAUCGAAGACGUUAUCAAGUUGACUGCCCGGGAUGCCAGCGCAGACGUUAGAAGAGUGGGAAAGUUGAUUUUUGAGGCAUAUAAAGCCCUUUUACCUGAUCGCGUAGAUAGUUUCAUUGCGCCCUUAACCCCUGUCAUCAAGAAGUACUUAGACGUGAAAGGGACAGUUGCUUCACGGUUGGCUGCACAAGCAGUUUCCCGUGGUCCCGCAGCGACAGGAAGAGUGACCACAAAGCCAAUCGGGUCCCUCCAGGCUCAGAAGACGAGUUCUCAUUCUAGAGCUCCAUCUACGCAGAGCACUAUCUCCACUCGUGCUUCCGGGAAACAUGCAGAGAGACCCAUACGUCCUCCUAGCUCUGAGCUGCCGCGAGAGGUACCUGCAGCAAGGCUACGUGCUGUGUCAAGUCAAGCAACAUCUAGUGCAAUUGCGGGGUCAUCAAUGAGGGAAACAUCUCGCCAAGGUGCACUCCGUCCCCCGUCGGUGGAAACAGGUCCAUCCACUGUGCAAAGCACAAAUCGACGGAAGGACAUCUCACGUCCUCCAGUUCCCACUAUGCAGGGCCCUCAGCGAGUAGACACUAUGCUCAUGAAGUCACACGACGAGAAGCCUCGUGUUGGAGGAGGAGCUCGAAGAGUUCUCAUUCCCACAGCUCCUUUACCAGAAACCAAUGACACCACGACAAUACGGCCAGUUUCAAAGACCGGUCCUCCUUCAACCAAGCCAACUUCGGUUAACUCACUCGCACAAUCUGUUCCGAAACGAGAUUCACAGAAUGAUCCAGUAACCACAAAAUUAGCUCAACUGCCCCGGCUCGCGCUGCGUCAUCAGCGGUCACUGCUACCACCAGACCGCCAUCUCGAACGGGACCACGGCCAGUCACGGUCACCGACCACGGAGGUUGAGCAACAGCAGACUUCCCGUAAGCAGGCUGUUGAACCUAGUCGUUCUAGCCAGCAAGCCGCGGUUCAGAAGAAGCCGGUGUGGGGAGGACGGUCGUCGGGCAAACUGUCCAAGCCUGUCGUCAAGGGACUUUCGAUACGUCCCAAGCAGGGCAGGGUGAAGAGUUCUGACACUCGCAAGCCCGCACCGGAACACGUACCAUUGCCUCCCAGUCCCACUGUAUGUCCUACUGCAGUGCCUCUGCCAUCUUCCCCACCUUGUAGUCCCCGUCAGUCACCUCAGCUCGAGCCACCAGCGUCAGGAGGGCAAUCCGUGCAAGUUACUAUCGAUGAUACACAUGUCGCAAAAGAUGUUCGUCCUCCCUCCACCUCCAUUGAAGCUACGCCUCUGCGCAACGUGAACCUUCAAGAGUCCCCAUCCAAAACACCCAUAACAGCUCUCCUUUCAUCUAUUCAACGUGGAUUCUUAUUUACACCUUCGUCGCCGCUCUCACCUCCCCAAGCUUAUGUAACUGAAGUCAUUGCUCAUACAUACCGCCCGAACAGCCCAACAGCUUACAAAGACAUGGCCUGCGUUGGUGUCAUUUAG